GCGCGGUGCGCGUGUUGUUUACUUUUAUUUACUUGAAUUUCUGUUUUUAUUAGAAGACUAGAAGUUCUUAUAUUAAAAUAGAUUGUAUUUCAAUGAAAAACCCGUCACAAGAUGGAAUUAGAACAUGUCCUAGGCAUCCAGGUUUUAUUUCUAGGCGGCAUUACUGUCGGAUAUCAUUCUUUAAACAUGGACUUCCCAACAAUUCAGAAAUAUGUGAUAUUAUUAGCCCGCUUCACCGCCUGCCUACUAUCCAGUCAAUUCCUGGAGCUUGCUAUUCAGACGAUCUACACUGCCUUCCAAACCAGGCGCCUCCCCGAGCUCCGCUUCAGAGACAAGUACAGGAACACUGUCUAUGCCUUCGGGGUUUCUACGGCGGUGCUAGCGGUGAAUCGUCAGUUGGUUCUAGACUUGGAUGUGGUUUUGAUGCUAAUAGGUUGCUCGGUUGCAAGAUAUAUUGAAGCGAAACGUCGUUCAGCAACGAUAACUUACGGAGAAGGGAUGGCGUGCAGUUUCUCAGAGGGCUACCUGUACCAAGUGAUCCCCAGCGAUGGAGCCAGAUUCUACGGUCUAGAAGAACAAAUCCGCGAAGCCGAAGCCGACCACGGAGUCUUCUUCCCAGUCCGGAGACUCUUCAUAGUGGUGACCAGGUCUCUCUUCUGUCCGCCCAACCUGGAGCAUUUUAACAAGCGGGACCCGUUGCAGCCCAGCUUAGAAGCCUGCAGGAGUCUGUCUGACGUGCAAAAAGAUGUUGCCGGAGUGCGGGACCGCAUAUACAGAAAUACUACAUACAAGAUUCGCCGCCACCCCGACGACCCUAGGCCCGUGCACGUGGUAGCAGAAUGCGCUACACCUCUCCACACGCUUUGGAAGGUACUUCAACGGCGCCUCGUCUACCAACGUCUAGCGGCAGCGGACGGGGAUGAGAUAACGGCGGAGUUCUGCGCCACACUACCGGCCAUCGUUGCCAACAGCCCCGAGCUACGCGGCAAGGUCGACCUCGUCUACUAUGACGACCCAGAGGAAAAUUUGGCUGAAGUUCUGCUGGCGAAGAUUCGAGAAAUUGAACCGGAAUACGAAAAUAUUAACAGGAACAAAUAGCAACUCUGCGUUUAAGAGUAAAAG